UGGGGAUUGUUGCUGUCCAAAAUAGUCUUCCCAUAUAAGUAAUGUUUGUUGAAGUUGCUGGCCACAUUGAGUGAGAAAGCGGCCAACUCUUACCCCUCUCCCUCUCUCUCUUUCAUAAUCAUGAUCAUCUAGCCAAAAAGAAAAAGAAUUAUAAAUCCAACAAAAGGUGAAAGGUGGUAAAGAAAAGUUGAAAAUUCUUACAAGCAAGCACCAAGAACCUGAUUCGAAGAAGCAAAAAAGAAAGAGAGAGAGACACUUAAGCAGAUACUAAAGAAAUAUAUGUUUAUAUUAUAUAUGUGAAAAGAUUUCUGUAGAAAAAAGCAGAAUCAAGAUGUUGUAUGAGGGUGGCUAGAAAAAGAGAUAGUCUUCUCUGGCUGCUGCUGCUGCUGCAUCUUUUCUACUCUUGUUUCUGAACAGCCUUUUUUUUGUUUUUCAAGGUCUUUGCAAAACUGGGUUUUCUUUAAUUAUAAGGUAAAGACAGAUUUAUUUGGACCUGCAGGCAGUUAAUUGUGACGAUUUAUUUCCCCGUCUAGGUGGAGACAGUAAUGCUAGGAACAUGGGAAAGAAAGGGAGUUGGUUUUCAGCAAUCAAGAGGGUCUUUUCACCCCACUCCAAGGACAAACUAGCUAGUGAAUCAGAUAAGAGAAGCACGAAAGAAAAGAAGAAGAAGGGUCUUGGAAAACUAAGACAUGGAGAGACCACUUCAUUCAUUCCCCUGUUUAGAGAACCAAGCAGUAUUGAGAAAAUUUUGGAUGAGGCUGAAAGAGAGAAUAAAUUAAUUUUCAGGCCUCCAACGCCUCCUGAGGAACUGACAACACCACCUUUUGUGCCUCCAAGAGCCGAUUCUCCGAGGGUUGCUUCUCAAAGAGUCACCUCUCCAAGAGCUGCUACUCCAAGAGCUGUUUCCCCUAGAGCGGCAUCUCCAAGGGUUGCUUCCCCUAGAGCAGCUUCUCCUAGGAAUGCUCAACGCCAUAAGGAGAUAUAUUACAGACCAGAACCAACUCUAAGAAACCAUCAUGCUUCGGCUACCAAGAUCCAAGCAGCCUAUAGAGGCUAUGUUGCAAGGAGGAGCUUCAGAGCACUGAAGGGUCUUGUGAGGCUUCAAGGAGUGAUAAGAGGACAGAAUGUGAAGCGGCAGACAAUGAAUGCGAUGAAACACAUGCAGCUCUUGGUGCGGGUCCAGUCUCAGAUUCAGUCUCGGAGGAUCCAGAUGUUAGAAAACCAAGCACGACGUCAAGCUCAAAACAGAAAUGAUAAAGAAGUGGAUAGUACCUUGGGCAAAUGGGGCCAGUUGUCUGAGGCAGGUAAUAACGAAGACUGGGAUGACAGCGUGCUGACAAAGGAGGAAAUUGACGCAAGGUUGCAGAAAAGGGUGGAGGCAGUCGUCAAGAGAGAAAGAGCCAUGGCUUAUGCAUAUUCCCACCAGCUGUGGAAAGCCACUCCAAAAUCUGCUCAGUCAGCUCUAAUGGAUAUCCGUUCCAAUGGGUUUCCAUGGUGGUGGAACUGGUUAGAGCGUCAGCUACCUCCAACUAAUCCUCCUGAAAGCCAAGCCUUGAGGAAUUUUCAACUUACACCACCAAGGCCACGUUCCGAUAUGAAGGCUAGCCCUAGGCCCCCAUCCAGGAGCCACAAGCAACAACAUUUUGGGUUUGAUAAUAUGGAUACUCCAACACCGAGAUCCUCAAAAUCAACUGCUUUUGUGCCAACGAGACAAGCGCGAACUCCUCUACAUAGAACACCACAAGCCAACAGCCCUAGCUUGUCAAAAUAUUCAAUGGCAAGAGCCAGUGCAGCAAAUUCUCCUUUUAACUUGCCAUUGAAGGAUGACGAUAGCCUCAUGAGCUGCCCACCAUUUUCAGUGCCAAACUACAUGAGCCCUACAGUUUCAGCCAAAGCCAAAGAAAGAGCUAAUAGCAAUCCCAAGGAGAGGUUUCCAGGGACCCCAACCAGUGAAAAGAGGAGACUGUCAUUCCCUCUUACACAGGGCAUUGGGUCUUUCAAGUGGAACAAAGGCUCCUUCACUAGCAAGGAUUCAAGUUCUCAAAGGGGUUUAGAUAGGCAUCAGUCACUUCAAUCCAUAGGAAACUUGAGUGUGGAUUCAACCGUCUCGAUGCCUGCCACGCGAAAGCCAUUUAACCGAUUCGUGUGAUCUUUUUUCCUAUAUUCUUAACAUCUUUUUUCUUCAUAUUUUUCUUGUUAUUUGAUUGUGUGUAUGGUGAUAUUGAGUUACAAAAUAGUGGUGUAAAAAUAAUGAAGAGACAAAUAGGAAAUGAUGGUGUGAAUGUAACAGGAUUUGCUUAAAGAACAACAUGUGACAGGUUUUGGAUUGCUUUAAAACAUUUUAUCUUCUCUCUA